AUGCAGCCCAUAGCCAUUGGAGAGAGCCUGGGCGGGCUGCUGCGCCAGAUUGCCAGCAACAACACCAGCCCGCUCAAUGAGCCGGCCCCCCACCUCCCCUCCCUCUUCUCGCUCCGUUACAACUUCAAGCCCGAGAGCGUCGCAGACAGCACCCGGGGCAUCCUUCACCACCCGUCCCGCAACCCGGCUUCAGACUGGCAACUCGAGCUCGACGCUGCGUCUUCGACGUCGGCCAGCGCGCCCGCUACCGCGCCAUCCUCGCAAUCCCAGGACUCGGCGACCUCCAACAGCAGGGCGGCACACGUCUUCACCGGAUCUCAGCAUGCCGCCAAGGGGCUCGACUGCGUGCUGGUGUGGGAUGCUGAAAGGAAGACGUACGUCCUGGACCGCAUCGCCUCGACCUUCAAUCUCAAAUUAGAACGCUCGAGGACCAGCUUGAGCGAUCCGGCCUUCGACGCCCUGUCCGGCACCGGACCGUCUCGAAAGCAGAAGCGCCGCCGGACCGACAUGCAGCAAGCCGAGGGGAUCGCAUCAGCUUUCAGCAGAGCCCACGAUCGUAAGGCCGAAUCUGCGGUGCAGAGGGCGUCUUCGCGCCUUUCGUCGGUCACCCGCAGCGCCGUGACGCCCUCGUCGUCUUCCCGCGAUGCUUCACCCAUGUCUUCAGCCUCCAGAGGGCGGACGAGCCUGGGCCAAAGUACGCGCUUGACGGCGGCCUUGCCGCGACGCUCCGGUAACGGCAGCACCGCCUCUCGUAUGCCCGUCGGCAUCGAAGUCGAAGAGCCAGUCUCGAAAGUCAAGUCCAGAGGAUUGGAUCGGCAUAGUGCCGAAGCUCGACAAGCUGCCGAAGCGGACGAGUCCCGUCGAGGUCGGCGGAUCCAGCCCGACGCUGCGGAACCGGCCGAAACAUCACAGACAGAGCCCCAGGCUCGAUCCGGCCUGCUGCGCCAAGACAGUACCGACGCGCGACACCCGGCGACGCGGGAGGGACAACAGCACAACGGCCGUCUACCUUCCCCAACGCCAGCCAUCGAAGAUGUUGGAUUGGCAGUCGACGAGACUGUUCCAGGAAAGGAGGAAGAGGCGGCCGACCUGGAUGACGAAGACGACCUGGCCCACGCACUUGAACUCGAGCUCGGCAAUCUGUCGGAAGACGAGCCACAGAGGUCACCGACGUCGACCUCAUCGCCGCAGCCACAGCCGCCGUCGGCAACGUCCAGGAAAGAAAUCCUAGACACCAGCAUCGACAAGGCGGCCAAUAGGUUCACCCCAGAGGCCAUAGCAGCCUCGACCACAGCAAGCCCCAACGUGGCUCGAUUCCGGCUGAAGCGCAACCCAGUAUCGAGGGGCGUGUCCGAGGACAGCCUGCAAGCUGGGGGUUCGACGCCUCUUCCGGUCACGCCUGCGCUGCAUACGCCGUCAGGGGAUUUGACAGCCUCGCCCGCUUUCAGCAGUCGCAGUCGAGGUGGCCACAGCGUCGCGCCGCUCGACGGCGCCACUUUUGCCCGGAGCGACAUCGAUAGUCCCAUGGGCCUCGGCCUUCAGACGCUUGGGCAUGCCGCCACGCCUGCUGGCUCACCCCGCAUCGCAGAGGUACGAGACGCCGCUGCGGCGCGCGCCUCAACUCCACCUCCUACGACAGCGCAAACGCUGGAGGAGCCCAUCGCGGUCGAUUGGAAGCCCAAGCAUGCCGAUGAUGCCAGGGGAGCGUCGGCGUCGUACGGCGCUGGGCACGAAGACUCGGUCGAUGACGAGGACGAGGACGACGAAGACGAAGAAGAGGGGGCAGAGGAGGAGGACGAUGAUGACGACGACGGCUUGGACGACUUUGCGGCCGAGCUCGACCUGACGCUGGCGGACAACGAUGCGGGCGCACCGCCGAGCGACGAAGCUGUGCCGGUCGAGGAAGCCCCUGCCGCCACCGAUACCGCCACAAGCGCAAGAAGAGCCUCGAGGGUUGCACCGACUGGUACGACGAGGCAGCCACUUCGCCUGGCAGCUCCUGCCUCGUCGGACAGGUCGGGCGGUAGGAGGAAGGUCUACGGCCUGGGAGGCCCAAGGGAAGAGGAGGACGACCUCGAGGACAGCGACUAA